AAUUCUCACUCUCUCUCCCUCCCUCUCUCUCUCUCUGGUUUUCAAAUUUCUGAGUGAAGUUCCUCCUGUUUUCGUCCGAAUGGAGAAUGGAUCGGGUCGGACCGGUGUGUGCCCGAAAGAGCAUCAGAAGAUUUACCAGGAGUGGUUCAACUUGGUUGAUUCCGAUGGCGAUGGCCGUAUUACUGGAAACGAAGCCACCAAGUUCUUCGCCAUGUCGAAGCUUUCUCGAGAAGAACUCAAGCAGGUUUGGGCGAUUGCUGACAUGAAACGACAGGGAUUUUUGGGGUUUUCAGAGUUCAUUACUGCAAUGCAGAUGAUUUCCUUGGCACAAGAACAUGAACUAAGCCCAGACGUCCUCAAAACCGCAGUUGACUGGGAAAACAUUAAACCUCCAGUUAUAGAAGGUUUGGAUGAUUUGAUAGCUAAAACCAAGAGUUUAACAACAUAUGGAGUUGAAGUAAAUGGAACUGCUCAAUUUCAACCAUCAGUUCAGCGGUUUGGUUCAAAAUCAGCAAAGAAACUCCCUCCCAAUGCUGUGACUUCUAUCGUUGAUGGCUUGAAGAGAUUGUACAAUGAGAAACUAAAGCCUUUGGAACUUGCAUAUCGUUUCAACGAUUUUGCCUCUCCAUCGUUGAUUAAUAGUGAUUUUGAUGCUAAACCCAUGGUCAUGCUUUUGGGUCAGUAUUCAACAGGGAAAACAACAUUUAUUAAACAUUUGUUACGAUGCGACUAUCCAGGAGCUCACAUUGGACCAGAACCUACUACAGAUAGAUUCGUUGUAGUGAUGUCUGGACCUGAUGAGAGGAGUAUUCCUGGAAAUACUAUAGCUGUUCAUGCAGACAUGCCUUUCAGUGGUCUAACAACUUUCGGAGGUGCAUUUUUGUCAAAAUUUGAGUGUUCACAAAUGCCACAUCCAUUGCUAGAUGAAAUUACAUUUGUGGACACCCCUGGAGUUCUAUCUGGAGAAAAGCAACGAACACAAAGGAGCUACGAUUUCACUGGUGCUAUAUCAUGGUUUGCAGCAAAAUGUGAUGUCAUUCUUCUUCUGUUUGAUCCUCAUAAGCUCGACAUCAGCGACGAGUUUAAACGUGUUAUUUCAUCUCUACGUGGUCAUGAUGACAAGAUUCGAGUGGUCUUGAAUAAAGCUGAUCAAGUUGAUACUCAACAACUGAUGAGAGUUUAUGGGGCAUUGAUGUGGUCGCUUGGAAAAGUUUUGAAUACUCCGGAGGUUGUGCGUGUUUAUAUCGGCUCAUUCAAUGAUAAGCCUGUCAAUGAAGGAGUCGUUGGCCCUAUCGGUAAAGAACUGUUUGAAAAAGAACAAGAUGACCUCCUAUCGGAUCUGGUUGAUAUACCGAAGAAAGCAUGUGAUCGCCGGAUCAAUGAAUUUGUAAAACGUGCUAGAGCUGCUAAAAUUCAUGCCUACAUAAUGAGUCAUCUGAAGAAGGAGAUGCCUGCUGUGAUGGGAAAAUCUAAGGCUCAGCGAAAACUCAUCGAUAACCUCGAAGAAGAAUUUGCAAAGGUUCAGAGGGACUUCCAUUUACCGGCUGGCGACUUUCCAGACGUGGAGCACUUUCGGGAGGUGUUGGGCGGCUACAGCAUCGAUAAAUUCGACAAGUUGAAGCCGAAAAUGAUUCAAGCUGUGGAUGACAUGCUUGGCUAUGACAUACCUGAGCUCUUGAAGAAAUUCAGAAAUCCCUACAAUUGAUAGAGAUUAAUAUUUGAUUGUUGCAGUUUAUUUUUAGUUGAGUACUUUUGAGAGAUUGCAUUCUUCAUGGGCAUGUAAGAGAUGGUUUGAGGUUAAUAAUCAAAGUUUUAACCUUUCUUAAGCUAAAUAA